CUCACCACAUGGUGGCAGGACCGUCCCCAAGUACUUCUCCGUAGGCGCCGCCUUGGCUAGCGAGUGUGACUCGCCGCCUUGGCAAGCGCAGGUGAUAUCAUGGCAGAUCCUAGCUCCUUUGCGGCCCCUGAUGGCUGUCGCACCCACCAUCUUUACCUGCGCUGCCGCGUGGACUUCGCCAGCAAGUCUCUGCGGGGGACGGUGGCCCUGACUGUGCGGGCGGAACGCGACCACCUGCGUUGCCUGGUUUUGGACACAAAGGAUCUAACAAUACUUAAAGUGGUGGUUGAUCGGCAGGAAGCAAAAUUUGCUCUUGGACAACGUCACCCCUUCAAAGGAGCACCUCUGGAAAUCACUCUUCCUUUUGAGCUGGGAAAGGGGCAAGAUAUGAUUGUAGAGAUCUCUUUUGAAUCUUCUCCAAAAUCUUCAGCCCUCCAGUGGUUUACUCCAGAGCAGACUUCAGGGAAAAAACAUCCAUUUCUCUUCAGUCAGUGUCAGGCUACUCACUGCAGAGCUGUCCUUCCCUGCCAGGACACUCCUUCUGUGAAGUUCACAUACUAUGCAGAGAUAUCUGUUCCCAAGGAAUUGGUGGCCCUUAUGAGUGCUAACAGAGAUGGAGACUUGCCUGAUCCAGAAGAUGGCACCAGGAAGAUAUACCGUUUCUUUCAAAAUGUUCCAAUUCCCAGCUAUUUGAUUGCUUUGGUUGUUGGAGCUUUGGAAAGCAGAAAGAUUGGUCCCAGAACUCUGGUGUGGGCUGAAAAGGAACUAGUGGACAAAUGUGCUUAUGAAUUUGCAGAGACUGAAGAUAUGCUGAAAACAGCAGAAGACCUGGCAGGACCUUACGUAUGGGGUCAGUAUGACUUGCUUGUCUUGCCACCAUCAUUUCCAUACGGUGGUAUGGAAAAUCCAUGUCUCACUUUUGUGACUCCUACGUUACUGGCUGGUGACAGAUCAUUAUCCAAUGUUAUUGCUCAUGAGAUUUCUCAUAGCUGGACAGGCAAUCUGGUAACAAACAAAACUUGGGAACAUUUUUGGCUAAAUGAAGGACACACCGUUUACUUGGAACGCAGGAUUGGUGGCCGGCUCUUUGGUGAAGAGUUCAGGCAUUUCCAGGCUCUGGGAGGCUGGAGAGAAUUACAAAAUACCAUAAAUACUCUUGGAAGCACAAACCCCGUGACAAAACUGAUCCCUGAUCUGAAAGAAGUAGACCCUGAUGUUGCAUACUCUUCUGUGCCAUACGAGAAAGGCUCUGCUUUACUUUUGUACCUAGAACAACUUCUUGGAGGACCAGAUGUCUUCAUUGGUUUUUUGAAGGCUUACAUCCAGCAAUUUGCAUACAAGAGUGUAAUGACGGAGGACUGGAAGGCUUUCCUGUACUCUUAUUUCAAGGACAAGGCUGACAUUCUUGACAAAGUGGACUGGAAUGCAUGGAUGAACACUACUGGCAUGCCACCAGUAAAACCAACAUAUGAUAUGACCCUAUCAAAUGCUUGUCUUGCCUUAUGUCAAAGAUGGAUCAAAGCCACUGAACAUGAUCUCUGCUCCUUCAGCUCAGCUGAUAUAAAAGACCUAUCUUCCAACCAACUUAUUGAGUUCCUGGCACUAUUGUUACUGGAGAAUCCUCUUUCAGUGAGUCAUGUAAAACAAAUGCAGGAAGCUUACAACUUUAAUGCCGUGAACAACUCUGAAAUCAGAUUCAGAUGGUUGCGCCUCUGCAUUCAAGCUAAAUGGGAAGAUGCCAUUCCUCUAGCUCUAAAAAUGGCUACAGAACAAGGCAGAAUGAAGUUUACCCGUCCCUUGUUUAAGGACCUCUAUAAAUUUGACAAAUCCCGUGAUCAAGCAGUCCGUGCUUUCCAGCAGCAUCGAGCCUCUAUGCAUCCAGUGACUGCAAUGUUGGUAGCCAAAGAUCUGGGACCAGAUGGACAAAAAGCCUAACUUUUGCGGAACAUUUAAUGGUAAAUGCCUAUGAGCAGCUGUGGCUUCCCACUCCCCUACCCCUUUCUGCCAUGUGUGCAUGCGCACACCCACACACAUAUCAUGAUAACUUGCAUGUUCACUAACAUAGCUUUGAACAUGAAAUUAAGCUUUUCUAGUUUUUUAUGCUAAUAAUCUGAAACUUCAAUCUUGUGCCUCGUAUAAAAUUCUGUGAAACUGGACAAACUACUUAAGCUGUAUUUUGCCACAGUACUUGCCACUGCACAACAUGUUAUACUGGCACUGUUUUGCUACCUGUAACACUUCCUUUGAAGAAAUAAAUUUUUUUUGAUGA